UUAGUGACGUUGUCAUGUUACGUAACAGGGCGGCGUGACAGCCGGAGUGACACAUCGUGUCGAUGGGCGGGCCUCUUCAAGGUGGAAACUGUCUCAAGUGCCCCCACCCACUUCUGCCGCAGCAGGCUGAAACGUUGACAAGCACAAAUACCAACAGCGGCACCAGGAAGAGACAGCUAACAGGCCAAAAACAUGAGCUACCCUGGGUACCCUCCUCAGGCUGGCGGUUACCCCCCGCAACCUGGUGUUUACCCACCUCAGCCUGGAGUGUACCCUCCCCAAGCAGGGGGCUACCCACCUCAACCUGGUGCCUACCCUCCUCAGGCAGGAGGAGGAUACCCGCCCCAGGCAGGGGCCUACCCACCCCAGGCAGGAGGCUACCCACCCCAAGCAGGCGGCUACCCACCCCAGGCAGGGGGUUACCCACCCCAGGCAGGGGGCUACCCACCCCAGGCUGGAGGCUACCCACCGGCACCGCCUACAGGCGGCUGGGGAGGGGGGCCGACUGGCGGAUAUCCCUCCAUAGGUAUGGACAACCUCACCAACCCUGGAUACAACGCUGGCAUGCCAGGAGGAACCAUGCCCCCGCCCCAAGGUCCAGGGAUGGGCUACCCAGGCCAGCCUAUGCCCGGUUACCCCCGUGCACCAUCUCCCAACCCUACAAUGCCCGGCUACGGGGGAGCACCAGCACCUAUGCCAGGGUACCCGAAGGUUCCCUCGCCAAAUCCGUCCAUGCCAGCCUAUGGAGGUGGAUCCAUGCCAGUGGCCGCACCCAUCAGUAAAGGAUUCAGGGGGACAAUCAAGGACUUUCCUGGAGCGGACCCUCUCAAAGACGUGGAGGUCCUGAGGAAGGCCAUGAAGGGCUUUGGUACUGAUGAGCAGGCCAUUAUCGACCUGCUGGGGAGUCGCUCCAACAAGCAGCGUGUGCCUUUGCUCCGUGCCUACAAAACCUCCUAUGGGAAGGAUCUGAUUAAGGACCUGCAUUCAGAGCUGUCUGGUGACUUCAGGAAGCUGGUCAUGGCCACCUUGAAGAGCCCCGCUGAGUUUGACGCCUCUGAGAUCCAUUGUGCCAUCAAAGGUGCUGGAACCGACGAAGCCUGUCUGAUAGAGAUCCUGUCGUCUCGUUCCAACGCCGAAAUCAAGGAAAUAAGCCGUAUUUACAAAACAGAAUACAAGAAGUCUAUGGAAGAUGCCAUCAGCAGUGACACGUCAGGACACUUCCGCAGACUCCUCAUCUCUCUAGCACAGGGUAACCGUGACGAAAGACAAAAUGUCGACCUUUCGCUGGCCAAGCAAGACGCUCAGGCUCUCUAUGCUGCUGGGGAGAACAAGCUGGGGACAGACGAGUCCAAAUUUAAUGCCAUCUUAUGCGCCAGGAGCAAACCACAUCUCAGGACAGUUUUUCUUGAGUACCAGAAGAUGUGUGGCAGGGAUAUUGAGAAGAGCAUCAGCAGGGAGAUGUCAGGAGACCUGGAGAGCGGCAUGUUGGCAGUGGGGUCAUGGUACUGUAACCUGCAUUUAGACCUUUCAGUGGCUUUGCAGAGUUGUCAUUGUGAUGUGUGCACUGCCGUUUUUACCUUUGCCUUUUUAUUUUUAUACUGAUGCAUGAGGUAUAAAAGUAUAUGUCAAUAUAUAAGGUGAGUUUUUGGCUUGAAGGAAAUGAGGUCACCUCAUGCAGAAAGCUGCAGAUAGCUCUCUGUAAGUACACGAUUCUUACUAUAUCUCUCGCAUUAGAACCCACUAUCACAGCAGGGGUGUCCAAACGUUUCCCAGUGAUGUGAAACAUCAAAGGAUGCAACUUUGCCACUUUUGAUAUUUUGUAGAGCAUGUAGAUAUGCUAAGAAGUUGUCGAGACCGCAAGAAAAAACUGCAUCUCAGCUUUGUGACACAGGUAGGCCUGUCACUGGACAAUAAGUUCUAUUUGCCAGUAAACGAUACUAUUGCUGACAUUAUUUUGAGAGCAUUUUUUCAUUGAUGUAAUGAGAACGAUGCGAGUACACCGUAUCACAGUGGUUCCCAAACUUUUUACAGUGGCCUUUCUUUCAUUAAAAUGAAAUAUUAAACAUGAUUAAUUGGUUAAUUAAUUUUAUAGUAAGUAAUGCUGGUUCAAAAAUGUGUAUUGUGCAGGGUCAAAUUUUGAAAAAGGUUUUACAUGGGCACUGAUAAAUAGACUAGAUGUGAAUUUCUCUUGGAGAUGAAUAAAGUAUCGAAGUAUCGGUCCUACAUAUAUUUUAUUUCAGCCGGCUGUUGGGAUCCUUCCCUUUUGAAUGGGUUGAACUUGAGCUUCACUUUUGUCCACUUGAUACCACAUUGAAAGGGAAAGUUGAACAAACAUGAUGAAGCAGUAUCCAAAGUAGAAAAAUACACACAAGCAGCGAUAAAACCCUCAUUUUUCAGCAGACUCUCCACUCUCUCAUCCUGAGAGGUUUUCACAGUGCAGGGAUUGGAACAUCAAUAUAAGGUCAACCUUCAAGAUGAAACACUCUUAAUACACAAAUAAUCAUCACAUGUACUUACUUGUUCAGGUAACGCACACGGAGCAAUGAACAAUUUCAUGCCGUGUCUCCUUCCUUCUUUCUGCUAUGAUGGUGCGCUCUUUGCUAUGAGACGUUCGGGUGCGCUCGUAAUUGUGAGUGUCAGGCGCUAAUUGUUUUUCAUUUUUAUUCACGUACCCCCAGCGACAAUUGGCGUACCCCACUUUGGGAAACUAGGCCAUUUCUAAAGCAAUAAGCUUUAAGAGUAUUUAACAUUUAACAAUUGGAAAAUCAAGGGCUUUUAAAUAACAUAAACGUAAUAAACAAACAAAAAGUAAAUAAAAUGCAGUCUCUUAUAGCAAAAAUUGCACUUCAAUAAAAAUUCAAGAUUCAAGAGUUUUAUUGUCAUAUGCACAGUAAAACUGGUGGUUCUGCUAUGCAAUGAAAUCCUUGUUCUGUUCAUUCUCCCAAAAAAAGAAAGAAAGAAAACACAAGAAAAAGAAUAAGAACAUAAGAAACAUAAAUACCAAUAAAUUAAGCAACAACAACAGAAGAGACAUUAAUACAAAUAAAUAAUACAAAUAAAUAAAUAAAGUGCUAUGAGUGUGUGCGUGUGUUGCGUGCGGCGUGUGUGAGUGCUUCGUUGAGAAGCCUGAUGGCCUGUGGGUAAAAGCUGUUUGCCAGCCUUGUGGUCCUGGACUUCAAACUCCUGUAGCGUCUGCCUGACGGUAGGAGUGUGAAUAAUGAGUGUUGUGGAUGUGUGCUGUCCUUGAUGAGGUUGUGUGUUCUUCGUAGGACUCUAGUUUUAUAAAUGUCUUGCAGUGAGGGGAGGGCUGCCCCAACAAUGUUCUGUGAGGUCUUGAUCACCCGCUGGAAAAAUAUUUGUGGUUUUGAAUCAGUGUCACUUUGGUUGUCUGAACAUUGACAAAAAAACCCCUGAGAAAUAACUGUGAAAUACUUUGAAGUUGACAAUGCGUGCCAAUGCAAACGUCAGCUCAUUUGCGUUUACACUUAAUUUUCCCAACAUUGUGUGUGGAGUGCGCGGUUUACAUUUAAUGUCGGAGUUUGGCCAAAGUACAUAUUUUGGAUGCAGCAAAAUGCGUUUGGUACACAAUGAGGUGUUAUACUUUGGGAGUCAAGGCAGCUGAAACGUAAGUUCCGGUGUUUUGUAUUAUUUAUUUCAUUGUCUUUGUCCCAAACAGUACCAGGGGCAAACGGGCUGAAAUUGACAUCAGAUAGUGUUUUAUACACAACAGGCACCAAGAAAGUAUCGGUAGCACACGACAUACACAGUGCCCCGCCCCGCCUCUCCCAGAGAGUGAAUGACUGACAGGAGGGUUCACUCACUCCGUUCAUUCUGCUACAGAACCAACACGCCCAGGUGCUGGGCCAUGUACAGAGUGAACCCUCUUGUCAUCCAGCCUGUUCGGUAGAGAGAGGAGGGAAAACAAACACGCAUGCACGUCAAUAUACCGAAGCUGGCAAAAUUAGGGCGUUUGUUUUUAUUUAUCGUGCGAUUAAUUGAUUUAUUGAUUAUGGUGACAGGCCUAUUUGUAGCCUAUUUGUAUCAGCUUCACUCAUUGCGCUUUUUUUUCCCCAUUUUUGCUGUUGCUUUUUUUUAUUUGCCAAAUAUUUCAACUUUCUUUUUAGAUAAUCUUCUGAAAUGUUCUUUAUGUAAAUAAUAUGGCUUUAUACCCAUAAUAUUUGGACUUCUUUCCCCAUAACAUAUCUUUUUACCCCAACCUCAUUUUCCAAAAAUGCCAACUUUAUUUUGGUAAUGUUUGAAUUUAUUUUGAACAUGCGUACAAGUUACAUUGGAAUAGGUGCACGUAGUACAAUUCACAGUUCAUGUCCAAAAACGAGUAGGAAGAAGCAAAGCUUCAACAUUUUGUUUUGUUUCUCAUAUUAAGACUAUAAAAAAACAUUUUCUUUAAUAGUUUAACGCUAAUAUAAACUAAAAUGACAUUUUUCCUCAUAAUACUACAUGUUUGUUCGUGUAAAAUUGCAACUUUUUUGUCAUAACAAUACGACUCUUUUCUCUUUCAUUCUCGUGAAAUUACAGCUGUUUUUUUCCAUUUCUGCUGCUGUUACUAUUUUAACUAUUCUUCCUUUCUUUCAACUUUCUUGUACAUUUUCGUCUCGCAACAUGAAGACUUUUAUUCCCAUGAUAUUUUGAGCUUAUUAUUCUACUUUUUCCCCAAAAUUACAACUUUACUUUGUCUUUCUGAUAUUACCUUAAAAUUGAAUAACAUUUCGUGAAUUUUUUAAGUCAGUGCUACGAAAAUGACAUUUUUCGUCAGAUUUUUAUGCUAUUCUCGUAAAAUUAUGACUUUGUUUCAUUAAAGUAAGUUUUUCACUUAAUAUUUUGACUUUAUUUAUGUAAAAUUACUGCUUAGUUUUCCUUUCAUGUGGUAGCUACUGCGUGCUUUUGGUGUUUUUUUUGUUUUUCUUGUUCAGUUAUAUUUUUAGAAUGCACUGCACGCCACAAAUGGCCCCUGGGCUGCACUUUGGACACCUCUGCACUAUCAUUAACUACACAUGUGCUUGUGUGCGUGUUGCGUGUUUUUUGGAGUUUUUUUUCUCCAAUAUUAUUUAACAAAACAUUGUAGUUAAUUAAAGGCAUUAUUACUUUGAAGUGACAUAUGUUCUG